AUGAAUACUACUCUUGCUGCUCGCCUCUUCACUCCUGGACUUCGUCGCGGUUCCGUUCAAGCUGCAGCAAUCUCCCGGCCUUUGGCUAGUCUCUCGGGGGUCCCUCGUCCAAGCACACACCUCCCACAAGGCUAUGUUCCUCUCGGACAACCCGAUGCGACUCGAGUGAUCCCUCAUACUAUUCGCAAUCACCAGUCGGCACCCAAGGCCGAAUACCUCCUGCCUUCUGACAAGGUUGAGGCUGACCGUCUUCAGCUUCAGCAUGACAUGUUCAAGACCUUGUAUGAUAACAAAAAUCUCCUCUCUGGAGCUCGCCUUACCAAGGACUCACAAGUUCUAGACUCGGGAGUUGGAUCAGGCGCUUGGCUUACGGCCAUCUCUAAGGAAGUUCCGGGAAUCCAUAUCCAAGGCAUUGACAUUGAGGAUAACCUAUUCCCCCGCCCGGCUCCCAAGAACGUCAAGCUAAAUCGCAUGUCCGUUCUUGACCUCCCGUUGUCAUGGACCAACCGCUUCGAUCUUGUCCACCAACGCGGCUUUGUUCUCGGCCUUCGUCGUGAAGAAUGGCCCGUUGCUCUUGCUCAACUGUACCGUGUUACCAAACCGGGCGGAUACAUCCAGAUCCUCGAUGGCAACUUGUCUCGUGCACGAAACGUCGGGCCGGCUAACAGGAUGCAGAACGCCAUGCUCGCCGAGCUCUGCCGGCGACGAGGGCUCGUGCUCAACGUAACCGACCACCUCGCUGAUAUGGUUCGCGCUGCUGGGUUCAGGGGUGUCAAGGAGGACGCCCGCAAUAUCGUCAUGAGCUCUCGCAACGGCAAGCUCGGUCGCGAUGCCUGGACCAAUCAAUACCUUGCGUUCAAGGGCCUCAAGACCCCUAUGCUCAAAGCAGGUGGUCUGAACCAUGUUCAAACCGAGGGCGAGUUUGAUCAAAUGAUCGAAGACAUGGGCCGCGAGUGGGAGGAAAAGGGUGGAGAGUGCGGAUACGUUGUCGUGUGCGCGCGUAAACCCCUCAACUGA